AUGGAAUACGAAGAGAGCACCGACUCGGCCCCCGGCAGCCAUCUGGAUUCCCGCCAUGGCGCGAACAGGCCGCUGGCCGUGAUUGCGGCCACUGGGAUUGGGAUCUUUCUCUCCGCUGCCGACUCCACCAUUGUCAUCGCCUCGUACGGCCGCAUCGGCAACGAUCUAGAUGCCCUUGGUGAGGCCAAUUGGGUCGCCCUGGGCUACUACCUAACCCUCAGCACCUUCCAGCCGCUGUACGGCCGCCUGAGUGACAUCUUUGGCGUCCGCCGCUGUCUGCUCUUCGCCUAUGCUACCUUCGGCCUCGGCUCUCUCCUCUGCGGCCUCUCCGGCUCCAUCUGGCAGCUCUUUGCCGCUCGUCUCUGCCAGGGCAUCGGCGGUGGUGGCAUGACCACGCUUGUCAGCAUCCUGCUUACCGACAUUGUCCCACUCGAAGACCGCGGCCUCUGGCAGGGCCUCUUAAACAUUGUCUAUGCUGCUGGAGCCGGAGCUGGAGGUCCGAUCGGUGGCGCAUUUGCCGAGUCGACAUGGGGCUGGCGGGUCUCCUUCUUUGUGCAGAUCCCCUUUAGCAUCCUCGCAUUCGUUGCUGUCAGCCUAGUUCUGCCCUCGUCUGCCGGUUAUGCCAGGACAUCUGCAUUUCCUACGACCGUUGAGCCUCACGAAUUUCGGGAAUCCAUCGAUUUACACCAACCACAUAAUUCUCCUACGUCUCCCCUCACUCGCAUCGACUUUCCUGGUGCCUUCUCCCUCUUCGCUGCUAUCCUCUCUCUCCUCGUUGCCCUCGACCGUGGAAGCAAUGUCGGUUGGGCCAGUCCAUUCUGCUGGGCUCCUCUUGUCGCCUUCCCCCUCUUCGCAGCGAUCUUUCUCCACAUCGAGACCGCCGUGGCCGUUGAGCCGUUCACCCCCCCUGCCUGGGUCGCCCGCCGGUCUCGUCUACCUGCCUACCUCUCCAGCCUCUUCGCCUUUGGUGCCAAUGUAGCUCAUGCCUACUCCCUCGCCAUGAUCUACCAGGUAACCCGUGAUGCAUCUCCCCUCCAAGCCUCCCUUUUGCUCCUGCCUGGAACAAUCGCGGAGGUCAUUGGGACGCUCUUGUCCGGAUUUCUGCUCAAGCGCUCCUUUAAUUUGUACCGCCUCAACAUAUUCGGUUAUGCCAUGGUUGCCCUCGGGAACGUCUCCAUUGCCAAUGGUGCUCGGUCUUCUACUCGCCUGGCCGUUCUCCUCUUCGGAAACGCUAUGGCGGGCCUUGGAAACGGGUUUGGAAUUAUUACUUCUCUUGUCAAUCCCGUCGCUUCUGCCAAGAAGGAGGAACAGGCAAUAGCUGUUUCGUCUUGCUACCUCUUCCGCGUCAUCGGAUCAAUCACCGGUAUUUCCAUCACCUCCGCCUUGACUCGGAAAUCUCUUGGUGCUAUCCUGCAAUCCACGCUCGAUGCCGACGAUGUCAGCUACAUCCUCUCGCAGACUCGGCACAGCCUCGACUUUCUCUCCGAUCUGGACCCAACCCUUGCGGCGAUCGUUGCGACAGCUUCUCGCAAAUAG